GAAGCGCUCCUCAGCAGUUGUUGUUGUUGAUGUGGCCCAGUGCGGAUGUGAACCAUGAAGUGAAAUCCUGAUCAAUUCGUGAUUAGAAAUCUAUCAGAGAUCGAUAAACGGACGGACGCGCGCCGGCAGCAUGUUUAAGAGCUGGAGCUCGUGGCUUAGUGGAGACGCGGAAAACGAGGAGGAGAAGAAGAAGAGCGAAUCCGCGGAGACCGAAGAGGAGAAGAAGAACAUAAACACACCGCCGAGUGAAGAUCCACAGGCCGGGGGACUCAGCGGCUUCAUCCUAAAUCUGGCCAGUAAUGCCACGAAGAAGAUCUCAGAGUCUGUGGCAGAAACGGCUCAGAGCAUCAAGAAAACAGUGGAGGAGAGCAACAUCGACGGCAUCAUCGACAAGACCAUUUUAGGAGAUUUUCAGAAGGAACAAGAAAAAUUUGUCCUGGAGAAAAAUGCAAAGAAAACAGACGUAGCCGUGCCUCCGUGGGUGGGAUACAAUGAAGAGGAAACCAUUCAGCAGCAGAUCCUCGCUUUAUCUGCUGACAAGAGAAACUUCCUGCGGGAUCCUCCAGCUGGAGUACAGUUCCAGUUUGACUUCCAGCACAUGUAUCCCGUUGCCCUCGUCAUGUUGCAGGAGGAUGAGCUGCUCAACCGGAUGCGCUUCGACCUUGUCCCCAAACAGGUGAAGGAGGACGUGUUCUGGAGGAAUUAUUUCUACCGCGUGUCUCUGAUCAAGCAGUCAGCUCAGCUCACGGCUCUCGCUGCGCAACAGCAGGCGGCGGAGAAACGAGACGAGGAGAAGAGCGACCAGAGCAUCUCAGAGAGCAUCAGACCCAAGACCCCUCCUGUGUCCAUCAGCAGUAAAACCAAGACCACUGAGAUAGAGGAAGACAUCUCCACCAGCCCCGGUGUGUCUGAGUUCGUGAGCGACGCCUUCGACACCUGCGAUAUAAACCAGGAGGACCUGCGGAACGAGAUGAAGCAGCUGGUGCUGGACAAGAAAGACGAAGAGACGCCUGAUUGGGAGAAGGAGUUACAGCAGGAGCUUCAGGAGUACGAGGUGGUGGUCGAUACAGAAAACCGUGACGAUAACUGGGACCGCGAGAUCGAGGAGAUGCUGCAGGACGACAGCUAAAUGCAACAGCGCCUCCUCUGGUGUGGAGGAAACACCACAUGAAGGACCAGAGAGAAACCAGGCUCACACAAACACCUAAAAAAAUCAGGAUUUCUUAUACAAACGUUUCUGAUAAACUGUAAUGAAAUGUGAUAUUUUCCUCUAGAGGGACUCGGCGAGGUGCCGACAUGCACAGAAAACGAUCAUAGUUAUUGAAAACGCAGAAAUCUGAUGUAGUUUGUGGAGUUAUUCUUUCUGUCUGACUUGUUUCUGCUGAAAAUGACGUUAAAUGAAACCAGAACUCAGUGUGAUGAACAUGCUGCACAAUGUGAGGUUAUUGACUUAUUUUCCAGUACAAAUAUAUAAACAAUAUAAAACAAGAUGUAUAAACAGACUCACUUCAUCUUGAGAUAUUCUAGACUCAAGAAAUCUUGCUUUUAGAUAUUUUGCACUGGAAAAUUUGACAUACACAAAUAAAUAAAUGAUUAUUUAAAUGGUAUAAUUAGUGGACAGUAGUAACACUAUAAGCAGCUCAAACAUGGUGUUUUUCUGCAGUUUUGGGAUUGUAGAAAAGCAAUUACGUCUCAUUCCUUUAUUCAUCACCGCUUUUAUUUUCAUUUUAUUUCAAUAUCGAUUGGAUAUCUGUACUCUGCUCAUAGUCGGGGAGGAUUUUGGUAAAGGAUUAAUGCUCGGUUUCUCUGUUGGGAGUUAAAAUGAUUCCAUAUCUGUGUGAUCUGAAUAUUUUCAUGUAUGUAAGUUUAGAGGUUUAAUAUAACUGUUUUCCCCAUCUCGCACCUUCUUUUACUUCAUUUAAAGAUUAAUAUUCAUCAUUUUGCUGCCAUAAAUAAAUUUUUGGUGUCUAAA